AUGCAUCCUUGGAAGCAACUUUUGCUCGGUGCGAUCCCAUCGGGGCUACCAACAGCCCUGGGACAAAAUGUGAUUGAUCUAAAUGGUGAUGGCUGGACUGUCAGUAGCAGUGCGCUGAACAUCACCGUCCCUGGUCGGGUUCCGUCGCAGGCUCACUUGGACCUGUUUGCUGCCGGUGUUAUUGAUGACCCGUACCACGGUCUAAACGACUUCAAUUUGCGGUGGAUCGCAAAUAACAACUGGACAUAUACAAGCAAACCAAUCCAGGGCUUGUCCAAUGAUUCAAAGACUUCCUGGCUAGUGUUCAAUGGCCUCGAUACUUUCACAACAAUCCAGUUCUGUGGGGAAGAAAUAGCCACCACCGACAAUCAAUUUCGACAAUACACAUUCGACAUCUCGGACGCAUUGAAAAACUGCAAGGGUUCUCCAACCGUUUCCAUCAAUUUCGGAAGCUGCCCCAAAAUUGCCAAUGAAAUUGCAGCCGAUCCAAACUCGCAGAGUAAGUCGAACGAUUCCUCGAGGCCUAGGAAGAAAUCUAACAGCCCCCCAGAAUGGCCAGCCGGUAUCCAAGGAGUCUUCGAGUUACCCAAUCGUGAGUAUAUUCGGAAAGAACAAUCCGACUUCGGAUGGGACUGGGGCCCGGCGUUCUCCCCCGUGGGUCCUUGGCAAAACGUCUACUUGGUACAAUCCGAGACCGAGAGAAGUGCGUACGUUGUGAAUACUGGCUUCGAUAUUUACCGAAAAGGCCAGAUCAAUCACAUUGCUCCCGAUCAAAGCCAGCCUUGGAUAGUCAAUGCGAGUAUCGACUUCAUCGGCUCUCUUCCUGAACAGCCAUCCCUGAGCAUUGAGAUCAAGGACAUUCAGUCGGGAGAUAUUCUCAAAUCAGAAUCUCUCGACAAUGUCGCGGUGGUUGGCCAAGCUGUCAGUGGCCAAAUGACCGUUGAUGCGGAUGCACCCCGUCUAUGGUGGCCUACAGGAAUGGGAAGCCAACCCUUGUACAAUGUCACAGUCACAAUUCGGAGCGAUGGGCAGGAUGUCGCGACCGUUACCAAGCGGACGGCGUUCCGAACUAUCUUCCUCAAUCAGUCCAAUAUCACGGAGGCACAAAUAGCCCAGGGCAUAGCACCGGGUGCCAACUGGCAUUUCGAAGUGAACGGCCGGGAAUUCUACGCAAAAGGCUCAAACAUCAUUCCGCCAGAUGCGUUCUGGCCACGAGUCACCGAAGCCAAGAUGAAGCGGCUUUUUGACGCCGUUGUGGCCGGAAAUCAAAAUAUGCUCCGAGUUUGGUCCUCCAGUAUUUACCUUCCGGACUUUAUGUACGAUCUUGCAGAUGAACGAGGUGUCCUGCUUUGGAGUGAAUUCCAAUUCAGUGAUGCGCUGUAUCCAACCGAUCAGCCCUUCCUCGACAAUGUCGCUGCGGAAGUUGUCUAUAACGUCAGACGGGUCAACCACCACCCAUCCCUGGCCUUGUGGGCAGGUGGGAACGAGAUCGAAAGUUUGGAAUUGCCGACCGCGAAGAAGAAGGCACCAGAGCAUUAUGAGUUCCUGGUCGGUGACUAUGAACACUUAUUCAUCAGUUUGAUCUUGCCUCUCGUCUAUGAAAACACGCGGUCGAUCUCAUACAUGCCCAGCAGCACAAAUAACGGGUACCUGAAGGUGGAUCUUUCAGCCCCUGUCCCAAUGGUAGAGCGCUACGAUAACGGCACCGAUCAGGAGGGAUACUACUACGGUGAUACUGACUAUUACAAUUACGAUAGUAGUGUGGCUUUUGAUUUUGAAGGCUAUCCGGUUGGUCGCUUUGCCAACGAGUUUGGCUACCACAGCAUGCCCAGUCUGCAAACCUGGCAGCAAGCGGUCGAUGAGGAAGACCUUCAUUUCAACAGCAGCACAAUUGUGCUUCGCAACCAUCAUUACCCUGCCAGUGGUCCUGACACCCACAAUUACAAGAAUGCCUCAAUGGGAAUGGCAGAGAUGACCCUGGCAGUUGAGCGAUACUACCCGAUUCCAAACAAGGACGACUCGGUAGCCAAUUUCAGCGCAUGGUGCCAUGCCACCCAGCUUUUCCAGGCCGACAUGUACAAGUCCGAGAUUCAAUUCUAUCGUCGCGGCAGUGGAAUGCCAGAGCGCCAGCUCGGAUCUCUAUAUUGGCAACUGGAAGAUAUCUGGCAGGCACCAACGUGGGCUGGCAUCGAGUACGACGGUCGCUGGAAGGUGCUCCACUACACCGCACGCGACAUCUAUCAACCCAUCAUCGUCUCGCCAUUCUGGAACUCGUCAACGGGUGACCUCUCAGUCUACGUUACCUCGGAUCUUUGGGAAACCGCGCACGGAAACGUCACCUUCAAGUGGACAGACCUGUCUGGAAAAGCGAUUCCCGAUAACGCCGGAACCCCGGAGACCAAAUCGUUCUCGGUCGGUGCACUGAACACUACUUGUGUCUACAAUACCAACAUCUCGAAGAUCACGCUCCCGAGCGUUGAAGAUGCCGUGCUCAUUGUUCAAUUGACUGCUGAGGGCCACCUUCCAAACAAGGAGCACGAGGCUGCGACUACCUUCACACACCGCAACCAGUUUACUCCCGCUUACCCUAAGGACUUGGCGCUGAAAGACCCGCAACUCCAGCUAUCUCGUGAUGCUGAAUCCAGCACAUUCACAGUCGAGGCUAAGAGUGCGGUGUCGCUUUAUACCUGGCUUGAUUACCCUGCCGGAGUAGUGGGAUACUUUGAGGACAACUCGUUCAUGUUGGCCCCGGGUGAGAAGAGAAGCCUUACGUUCUUUGUGCAGAAAGAUGAGACUGGUGGUAAAUGGGUUGAUGGUGUCACUGUACGAAGCUUGUGGGAUCAAACUACUAGCUAG